GAGAGAGAGAGAGAGAGAGAGAGACGCCAUUUGCAGCUCCCGGAGCUUCGGUGUCUCCGCCUCCUCCAACUUCGAUACUUUCUCUCUCUCUCUCUCUCUCUAUCGGCGCUCAGACAAAGCAGAGACCUAAUUUUCUCCGCCUCCUCGCCACCCCCCCCCCGCCGCCGAUCGCCGCCGAUCGGAUCGCCUUCGCGGCAAUCUCUCCCGCCUCAGCUGCCGCGAUCCGCGAGCCGCCGGGACAAUGCCCGUCCUCCCCAACCCCACCGCGUCCGGCCGCGCCGUUCGCCCCCCCGCGGAGGCCGAGACGAGCCGCGCCGGCGUCCGAUGGCGCGGCGUUACCAGGAUCUCCACUCUCUUUAAGGACGAUAGGUUUGAGAACUGUCAGUUGGCCUCCGUUUCGAGGCGGACAGCUAAACAUCCCAAUAUUUGCAUGGCCCUAGUGGAUGAGAGGCUUGCUCGUAGCAGAGACGUGGCUAAGCCUCCUGGAGUAUUGGCAUACGAUCUUGUGCAAGGGGCAUUGGUUAGAUGGAGUUCCACUGUUGACAAGUCGCUACCGGAUCCUCCAACGGCUGUCCUUCUGCAUGGAAUUUUAGGUUGCAGGAAGAACUGGGGAAGCUUUGCUCGACGAUUAGCACAAGAAUUCCCGACAUGGCAGUUUCUCUUGGUUGACCUGCGAUGCCAUGGGGAUUCUGCAUCGAUGAAAAAGCGAGGCCCUCAUACGGUUUCCUCAACUGCCCUCGACGUGUUAAAGCUGGUCGCACAGCUUAGGCUAACGCCCCGGAUUUUAAUUGGUCACAGUUUUGGAGGAAAAGUUGCUUUGAGCGUGGUUGAACAAGCUGCAAAACCUCUUGCACGACCAGUCAGAGUUUGGGUCCUAGAUGCUACUCCGGGAAAAGUUCGGCCAGGUGGAAACAAAGAGGACCAUCCUGCUGAGCUAAUUUCUUUCCUCAGCACACUGCCUAAGGAGGUUUCCUCGAAGCGUACUAUAAUAGAUUCUCUUAUCCGAGAAGGAUUUUCUAUGGAUGUUGCCCAGUGGGUGGUAACCAACCUUCGACCAACGGAGUCUCCUGGUUCACCAACAAGCUUCUCCUGGGUCUUUGAUCUUGAGGGAAUCGCUGAAAUGUAUCAAUCAUAUGAAGAAAAAAAUCUAUGGAAAAUAGUAGAAGAUGUUCCUGGAGGAGUGCAUGUGAACUUUUUGAAGGCAGAAAGAAGCUUGCACAGAUGGGCACUCGAAGACAUUCAGAGAAUUCGCGCCGCGGAGGAGCUAGCCGCGGAGGAAGGCGGAGCAGUUGAAAUGCAUGUCCUUGAAGACGCGGGCCACUGGGUACAUGCUGACAACCCCGACGGCCUCUUCAAGAUCCUUUCCUCUUCUUUCCAGGUGCUGAAAUGAAGACCUGGCCCGGUCCCCAUCAUUUUGCAGACUGCACAAUGUAGAGUUUUCUCUGACUAGUACGCCUCCCUGCCUAAAUUUUGUCUAGACCUCAUACAAUAUCUUCCCUCUGUACCAUAUGUUACACAUCUCUGUUUUCCCCUUUCCUCUAAACGUACUACGUAUCCUCGCGUUUCUAGAGGAAAAAGUGAAAACCUGCGCCGUAGAUGUAAAAUUCUCUAUUCAUCAGUGAAUUUUUCUAAUGUUCGAUCACAAUCUCGAUGCUCGAGAUGUGAUACUCGAGGUUCUGCAGAAGGGAUGUGAUUACAACCCUUAAAUAGAAUUCUCCAGCUAAUGGGAUCUGUUUCAAGCA